CUCAGCCAGCACAAGUUUUCUCGCAGGACGGUCAUUUCAUUACAAAAACUUAAAUUUACAACGCUCGUUACGAUCUCGUCAGUCUUUUUCCCACCUCCGACCUUUCUGCCAUGUAUCCCUCUCGCUAUGCCUCCCCAUGGCAUCCUCCAUCUCAAGUCCACCUCUUCCCUCACAAUCCCUACCCUCAGCCUCUGCCACCUCCCCAGCCAAUUGCCCAUAAAGUUUGGAUUAUCGAUUGUAAGUCUUGUGGGACUUUUCUCACAAAUCGCGGUAUGAAGGCAGUGUUACUCUUACAUCCCGAUGUGGCUCUCUUCUCUUCGGACGCGCUUCCAGUCAACUGCUCCGCCUACAGUUCUAAUCCUGACGUUCUUCGCCCAACGACCUCUUGCCGUCCCCCAGCGAGGACUUGUGAGUGCCUCACCCAGACGUUAUGCUGCCAUGGCUGUGGUGCCGCAAUUGGAUAUAUGAUUGUGAUUCCCUGUAUACGCUGCACAUCAUCUAUCACGGCGACGAACCGCGCAACAAACGGACAUCGGUUCGUCUUUCAUUCUAGCGAGGUCUCUGGAUCAGAACGUCACUAUAUACCCGACGAGCCGGGUGUUAUACCCUUUGAUUCUGCGUGGGUUCCCUCUUCCCCUCCCACCGAUUUCUCUUCAUCCUUCGAGCAACCCUCAUCGUUGUUCUCGUACGAAGAGUAUACCCCACCAGCCCAUUCAGAAUAUCUUCCGACACCCCCUGUUGAUCUUGCCGACCUAUCGCCGGUCUCCUCGACAAUGUCAUCACCCACCGCAGUCUCGUUUUCGUUCCCAUUCCCUGGUCCGACAUCAAUUCAACCACGGUAUCCGUCAUCCCCACCGCCGCUCGUUCCAGCCUCCCCUCCAUCAGACGAUUCCAUUCGUCAGUUCAUGUACAGGCACUCCACCAAUCUACUGUCCUUAUCAACUUCAUCAGAAAUGUCUCCGCCGCCGCCUCCCGUACUGCCAAACCCAAUGCCAUAUGGCAUGCCCUCGGAACCGCUCGAGGCGUCAAACAAGUUGAAGGCGGGUGAUGUUUUGUAUUGGCAUCACCUAAUUCGACACGGCGAGAUACCAGGUGUAGCAAAUGACCCUCGUGCACGAAGAUCUCCUUCGAGACCAGUGGGCUAUACUACUCAACCUCCUAAAUUCUUGUUCAACCGGUGAAUCACACCACUUUCUCAAGUCCUCAUCUUUUUAUACAUGUAACGAAAAUAACGAACCACCGUUACUCAUCACACGACAAUUUCCUAUCUUUACUGUUCCUUUCUUUGGUGGAUUUCGGAGUAUUCCUUGCGGGUGUAUAACCCUUUCGAACUGUUUAUUGGUCAUUAUUUCUUUUCGUCAAAGGCUUUACGAGCCUCAUACCACUGUACAAUAUCUGCAUCUUGACAUACGUAUGUACAUACUCCAUUUUCUCAACGAUUCUAUUCGCACCCCCAUAGUUGCAUGUGUUCCCAUCCACGCGUCACGCCUCACAAAUUUUUCAUCUCUCUCUUUUCAACUGGGCAGAACGCAUGCGUGUCUAUGUAAUAUCUCUUCACCGAGGACUACAAUGCAUAGUGAUAUUCUUUACCGAGGACUAAACUAUGUACCUGUUUGUACCCGUGUUCAUUUCACAGACUUUCAGAAUGUAGACUUGACAUGGUGAGCUUACCACUUUAAGGAGUUUGUGGAAAUCAAGAAAGUUCGGCUACACGCGUGUGUUUUCUGGAAACUUGUGAAAUGACAAGUUGCAUGUCGGUCGCAUGUCCUCGAGUGAUCCGUCCCCGUGCGCCGCCGGAAUAUCUGGGAUAGAAAUCUCCGGGUUGGAGGUGGCCCUUGACUAGAGGGACUUAUCGUCUCGAUGAAAACGGAUACGGUUUGAAAGAGCCAAGUUUUGCAUGUUAUGGUGUGUCGAUUUGACGGUACUUGGAGUACAGGUGGAGAGGGACUGGGACGAGAUAUUCAGCCGUCGUGUCCUCAUUGCGGAGGCUUUUCCCAACGCUGUUUGGAGGUAUAGAGAUUCCGAGAAACGAAUAUGUAGACAUAGAGUAUCCACUUGAUGGGCAGAGUGUUCUUGGAUUGUGCGGCUGAGAUUGAGCUGCUGUCUGAUAUCCAAGCUGGAAGCUCGAUCGAUACACGCCACAGAUUUGACGUCCUGUUGUCCGUAUACUGACAAUCGAGUAACUCAACUUUCACUGCAGUUCCAAAACCGGUAAUGACACUCUGCCCACCGUGCGCGUGGAUAGGCCAGUCUGGGUAUCAAGCCAAAUUCGGUGGCACAGAAGCUGUAGGAAUGGGCGGCGAUGGAUUCAGAACCAAAGUUGUCAGUUGGUUGCAGUUGGUUCUCAGUUGAUGCCGUUCUUGUUCUGAGGAAAGAAUGGAUAGAUACACAGCGC